GUAAAAUAUGUUGUGGGAAGUUUCUUUAAUAAACAAUUUUAAAAUAUUAUUAUUAAGUAUUUAAAAUGGAGACUAGUACUAACAAUUGUUUAUGAAAAGACUACGCAAGUCAGGUAUCGGCUUAUUAACAUUUUUCAGUACAGAAAUCAGUUUUGAUAUGGUUGACCGAUUCAGCAAUCAACUAGCACAAAGUUCCGUCCACAGAGUAAAAACAGUUAUUAUAGGAGAUUUCAACGUUGGCAAGACGUCGGUUGCCCUACGUUUCACACGGGAUCAGUUCAAAGAAAAGUACCAGAGCACUAUUGCAGCUAGUUUCUUCGCAAAUUCCCUCGAUUUCAAUGGAGAGAAGAUAGCGUUCCAGAUUUGGGACACCGCCGGCCAGGAACGAUACCGAAGUCUUAUACCAAUGUACCUCCGUGGAUCCGAGGCUGCCAUCAUUGUGUAUGAUAUCACAUCAAAGGCGUCAUUUAAAGGUGUGCAUUUCUGGCUUGGUUUCUUACGAGACAACGGACCACAGGGUCUAAAAAUAGCAGUUGUUGGCAAUAAACUGGACCUCGAAGCAAGUCGAGAAGUUUCAGAAAAGGAAGUUGAAAGUUUUUGUGAUGAAGAGAAUAUUUACUUCAUGGAAGUGUCAGCCAAAACAGGAUAUAAUGUUCAAAGGUUGUUUACGGAUAUUGCCAAGUCGAUAUUGUCAGGUGAUAAAACGCAGCGACGAUCUAUACUAAGACAGAACUCCAUCAAAAUAGACACUAGUACCGAUAAACAUAAACAUAGGUGUUGUCAUCGUGGAGAAUAUACUGUUCAGAAAGAGUAACAUAAAAAG